AUAAACUGUGUGGAAUUUUGCAGGGGCGUUUCCUUAUGCAAAAUGUUUCAUCUGUGGUGAGAUGGGGCAUCUGUCAAGGUCAUGUCCAGAUAAUCCCAAAGGAUUGUAUGCUGAAGGGGGCUGCUGCAAACUCUGUGGCUCUGUGGAGCACUUCAGAAAAGACUGUCCGGAGAACAAGAACUUAGAUCAGGUUACGGUUGGGCGAUGGGCCACUGGAAUGAGUGCUGAUUAUGAAGAAGUUACAGAAACACCAAAACUGCAAAAACCCAAAGCAAAAGUACCUAAGGUUGUUAAUUUCUGAAGGCCUCUGUUGGAUGCUGAGCAACAGCUGCAGCACACAGCUUCACUUCAGUGGUGACUGUGUAGAGUGGACUGACCUGCAGGUUCCAGAAAAUCGAGCGGACUGUUGCUGCUAAAGUUGUGUCCCUGUUUUUUUCAGUUUGCCUCCCUGACUCAUCUAGCUUACUGAAAAGCUGGGAACAGCAGAAAUGCAGCAAGUGGAUAUUUAAUUUUUAUAUAUUUUUGCAGAAAUACAGCUUUCUGUCUGAUUCACAUUCCUUCUCACGGCUAGUUCUCUGAAGAGGGAACUCUGAGGAGAGAAGUUAGUUUCCUCUCAUAACAAAUCUGGUUGCAAUAACCACACAGGGUAUGUGCACUGUAUCACGUGGGUUUAUGACCAGUGGAUUCAGCUGGUCGGUAGGGUUAACUAAAGAGUGCUGCUGUUGUCAGAUUAUCAAUACAGUUGUGCUGAUCUCGAGAGUCUUUCUGCA